AUGGCAUCCGGAAUGCAGUUCACCGACAAGGCCACUCAGGCUCUGUCCGAUGCCCAAGAUAUCGCACAGCAGCAUGCUCAUUCGCAAAUGCUGCCCAUCCACCUGGCUGUGGCUCUGAUUGACCCACUGCCGGACCAGUCUAAGGACCAACAGAACAACUCGGCACACCCUUCACACGCCGCGACCUCAGCGCCACUAUUCAAGCAGGUCGUGGAGCGAGCACACGGCGACCCACAACUACUCGAGCGAGCACUGAACAGAGUACUCGUUCGCACGCCGUCACAAGAUCCCCCACCAGAACAGGUCUCCGUUUCCCCUGCCUUUUCCAAGAUCCUCCGCAGCGCGAACGAACUAUCGAAGACGCAAAAAGACACCUACAUCGCCGUGGACCACCUCAUCCAAUGUCUCGUUCAGGACUCGGCGAUCCAGAAAGCCCUUGCAGAGGCCAAUGUCCCGAACCCCAAACUCAUCGACCAAGCCGUACAACAAAUCCGUGGCACGAAGAGAGUCGACAGCAAGACGGCAGACGCUGAGGAGGAGAAUGAGAACUUGAAGAAAUUCACCAUCGACAUGACGGCCAUGGCAAGAGAAGGCAAGAUCGAUCCUGUCAUUGGUCGUGAAGAGGAGAUUAGGCGAGUCAUCAGAAUCUUGUCGAGACGGACGAAGAACAACCCCGUCUUGAUUGGUGAGCCUGGUGUCGGUAAGACAACUGUCGUCGAAGGUUUGGCUCGCCGAAUCGUAGACGCAGAUGUCCCGGCAGGUCUUGCAGCAUGUAAGCUCCUCUCCCUCGAUGUCGGUGCUCUCGUUGCUGGUUCGAAAUACCGCGGCGAGUUCGAAGAGCGUAUGAAGGGUGUCUUGAAGGAGAUUGAAGACAGCAAGGAGAUGAUUGUCCUUUUCGUGGACGAGAUCCAUCUUCUCAUGGGCGCUGGCAGCUCAGGCGAGGGCGGCAUGGACGCUGCCAACUUGCUCAAGCCAAUGCUGGCACGUGGACAGCUGCACUGCAUUGGUGCCACUACCCUGAGCGAAUACCGCAAGUACAUUGAAAAGGACCAAGCCUUUGAGCGACGUUUCCAACAGGUCCUCGUCAAGGAGCCAUCUGUUUCGGAGACGGUCUCUAUCUUGCGAGGGCUGAAAGAGAAGUACGAAGUCCACCACGGAGUCACCAUUCUCGAUGGCGCCAUCGUCUCUGCUGCCACUUUGGCCGCCCGAUACCUCACCCAGCGACGUUUGCCUGACUCUGCUGUCGACCUGAUCGAUGAGGCAGCAGCGGCAGUGCGCGUUGCUCGCGAGUCUCAACCUGAAAUCCUCGACAACAUGGAGCGGAAACUGCGCCAGCUCGAGAUUGAGAUCCACGCCCUCGACCGUGAGAAGGAUGAUGCAUCUCAAGCACGUCUGCGCGAAGCACGCGCCGAAAAGGCAAACAUUGAGGAGGAACUCAAACCGUUGAGAGAGAAGUAUGAGAGCGAGAAGGAGAGAUCGAAGGAGAUCCAAGAACAAAAGAUCAAACUCGAGUCACUCCGCAACAAGCAACUUGAAGCUGAGCGCGGCCGAGACUUGCAGACCGCCUCCGACCUCAAGUACUACGCUAUCCCCAAUGUUGAAUCUCGAAUUGAGGAAUUGGAGCGCGCCAAAGCUCAAGCCGACAAGGAGGAAGCUGCUAGGAACGCCGCCACCGGCGAGCACUCUUUGGUGGCUGAUGCAGUCGGACCGGACCAGAUCAACGAGAUUGUCGCUCGCUGGACCGGUAUUCCAGUCACCCGCCUAAAGACCACUGAAAAGGAGAAGUUGCUGCAGAUGGAGAAGGUACUUGGCGUCCAAGUCGUCGGUCAGAAGGAAGCUGUUACAUCUGUUGCGAAUGCAAUCAGAUUACAGCGGUCUGGCCUUGCCAAUCCUGGACAACCGCCAUCGUUCCUCUUCUGUGGUCCAUCAGGUACUGGUAAGACGCUUUUGACAAAGGCGCUCGCCGAAUUCCUGUUCGAUGAUCCAAAGGCCAUGAUCCGCUUCGACAUGUCAGAAUACCAAGAGCGUCACUCACUGUCACGAAUGAUUGGCGCACCACCUGGGUAUGUGGGUCACGAUGCUGGUGGCCAGCUGACCGAAGCGCUUCGCCGCCGUCCAUUCAGCAUUCUGCUCUUCGACGAAGUUGAGAAGGCCGCUAAAGAAGUCCUGACCGUCCUUUUGCAGCUCAUGGACGAUGGUCGUAUCACCGACGGUCAAGGCCGUGUCGUCGAUGCAAAGAACUGCAUUGUUGUCAUGACGUCCAACUUGGGUGCCGAAUACCUCGCCCGGCCUAACGCUCCGGAUGGUAAGAUCGACCCAACGACCAAGGAACUCGUCAUGACGGCACUUCGCAACUACUUCCUGCCCGAAUUCCUCAACCGUAUCAACAGCAUCGUCAUCUUCAACCGGCUCUCGAAGAAGGAGAUUCGCAAGAUUGUCGAUGUUCGGUUGGACGAAGUUCAGAAGCGACUCAACGGCAACGGACGAAACGUCAGGAUUGAGCUCAGCGACGAAGUCAAAGACUACCUGGGCUCGGCUGGCUACUCACCCGCCUACGGUGCACGCCCACUGGCUCGUCUCAUCGAGAAGGAAGUGCUCAACCGGCUGGCUGUCCUCAUCCUUAGAGGCUCUGUCCGCGAUGGCGAGACUGCCCGCGUGGAGAUUGAAGACGGCCACAUCGUGGUCCUUCCAAACCACGGCGAGAGCGACAUGGAUGACGAUGAGGAGAUGUGGGAUGAAGAUGAUGCCGUUGAAGAACUGAACGCCGAUGGAGGCGACAUGGACCUCUACGACGAGUAA